AUGAAAUCGUUUGUCGUCUUAUCCACUCUUGUGGCCAUCACCUGCGCCGCGCCACAAUUCCAAGGACAAUACCAGCCACAGGACAGAUACCCAAACCAGGUGAUCCCUAUCCUCAGACAAGAGCAAACUAUCAACCCUGACGGCUCUUAUCAAUACAGCUACGAGACCGGCAAUGGCAUCGCAGCACAAGAACAGGGCUACCUGAAAAACGUCGGACCUAACAAUGAAGGAGCUGAAGUUGCUCAAGGCUCUUUCAGCUACACUUCUCCUGAGGGCAUCCCAAUAUCUGUAACUUAUGUCGCUGACGAGAACGGUUUCCACCCCGAAGGCGCUCACCUUCCCACCCCUCCCCCAAUUCCUGAAGCUAUUCUUCGCUCUCUGCAGUAUAUCGAGUCCCAUCCUCAACAGGCUCAGCCUACAUACCAGCAACAGCAGAAUUUCCAGCAGAAACCUUUCGGACAAGCCUUCCGCGGUUAA